AUGCACGCCUCAUCUUUCGAAAACGAGAUCCGUGAUGUCAUUAUCAUCGGCGCUGGGCCUUGUGGAUUGGGUGUCGCGGCCCGCUUACAAGAAGAAACGCCCUCGGCAAUGUUCACGGAUGAAGAGCACCAGCGAUAUCAUUGGAUUAAGAAGCAUACGGGGAGGAUGAAGCUUGUUCAGGCGGGACACAGCAAGAUGAAUGGGGUCCGGGCGGAGAAAUGGAAUGCAGCGAAGAAAUGUCCCUGCGAUAUCAGACAGGGAGAACAUGGUCAGAAUAUGAACGAGCGCCGAGGAUCAAUCGAUUCGGUCUCGUCUGUGCCUUCGCUUUCGUCUUCUACUAACUCCUCCGAUUCGACAUAUUCUACUCUUGUUCUCGACGGCACGGGCGAUAAAUGGAUGCAACGAUGGAAUAAUGCUUUCCGUACUUUGGAGAUAAAGCAGCUACGCAGUCCAAUGUUCUUUCAUCCGGACCCCAGCGAUCGGGAUGGCAUGUUGGCUUAUACACAAGAGGUAGGGAGGGAGAGUGAUCUGUGGGAAAUUUCUGGCUGUGUUGGGAAGGAAAUGAGCAAGCAUAAGAAGAAGAAGAGAAGACAAGGUGGAAAGCAGCAAUCCAUCGGGGGCGAGAUCGACGAAAGAGACCGCAAGGACUACUACUCUCCAUCUACGGAUCUCUUCACAGACUACUGCAACUCCAUCAUCGACAGAUACAAUCUUGAUGGACAAGGUCAGAUCUUAAAGCAGGAGAUCACGGGGAUCACAUAUGAUUUCCUCCCCGAGCGUGGAGAUGUACCGGUAUCAAACUCGAAGAUCUUCACUCUUACUUCCUCAACCGGCCAGAAGUUCUAUAGCAAAGCCGUAGUGCUUGCGAUAGGAGCCGGUGGAGCGGGUAUAUCCAAAAUACUCCCUUGGAAACCAUCAACAGAGGAAGAAGGUGCAUCGGCAUGCUGCCACAGUAUGGAAAUUAAGACUUUCCCAAGUGCGAAUGUGAAGAAUAAGAUCCAGCGCCGACAGCAAACCAAUGUGGUGGUUGUGGGAGGUGGACUUUCUUCAGCGCAGAUCGUUGAUAUGGCUAUUCGGAAGGGUGUGACCAAGGUGUGGUUCUUGAUGCGUUCUGAUAUGAAGGUCAAACAUUUCGAUAUCAGUCUACCCUGGAUGGGAAAAUAUAAGAACUGGGAAAAAGCAGCGUUUUGGUCUGCUGACACUGACGAGGAGCGCCUGGAAAUGAUCAAGGUGGCCCGAAAUGGCGGUAGCAUCACGCCCCGCUACACUCGGAUCGUGAAGCAGCAUGCCGCGCAUCACCGCGCGUCGAUCCACCCGCGUACGGUGAUUAGCUCGCAUCAGUUCAAUGCAGAGACGCAAACCUGGAGCUUGGUCACUGAUCCACCGAUUCCGGACCUACCUCCGAUCGACUACAUCUAUUUUGCAACAGGGGCGGGCGCCGAUAUCCGCCAAAUGUCCUUACUGAGCGAUAUGAAUGCCCAAUACCCAAUUGAAGUUAAAGAGGGACUGCCCUGUUUGACAGAUGAUCUCAUGUGGCGAGAAGACGUACCUUUGUUCAUGACGGGAAGAAUGGCAGGGCUCCGGUUAGGGCCCGGAGCUCCGAAUCUCGAAGGCGCGAGACUUGGUGCGGAGCGGAUCGCCUGGGGCCUGGAGGAGAUUCUGGAGAAGAAGCAAGAGGUUGGGGAGCAGUGCGAGGGGUUCUGUGGGCUGGGUAAUCGGUAUGCCUCACUGGUUGGUGAUGACAGCACGGAGGAGUAA